AUGGCGACGGGAGCUGGCUGGCAGCCUCCGUACAUCUCCUCGACAAGCAGUACCACCAAAUAUACCCAAUCUCCAACAUCCAGCAUGUUUUACGACGCGGGUUUAACGCUGGAAUACACUCAAGAUCUGCAUCUGAAGAUGAGCAAGAAGAUUGCACAGCUGACCAAGGUAAUUUAUGCUCUCAACACCAAGAACGACGAACAUGAAGAGGAAAUCGAGUCUCUGAAAGAUGCCCAUGAGGAUGAGGUCCAACACAUUGUGACAGAAACCAGAGACAAAAUCAUGCAGUACAAGAGUAAAAUGGCGGACGAGGCUGACCUGAGGCGGCGGCUGGCCAGUCUGGAGGAAUCUGUCGAACUCCACGAACACAUGAAGAGACAGGCUCUAGCAGAGUUUGAGAUGUACAGACAGAGAAUGGAGGAUUCGCAGCUCUGCACCGAGGCCCAGCACACACAGAGAGUGGUUUCAAUGAGCAGAGAGGUGGAGGAGAUGCGUCGGGAUUUUGAGGAGAAGCUGCGGGCGUUCACCCACACACAGGCCCAGUUUGAGGCGGAUAAGCGGCGAGCGCUGGAAGAUCUGAGGACCACCCACCGCCAGGAGGUGGAGGAACUCCUCACGAACCAGCAGAACCAGAGCGCCACCUCCACCGAAGACCAGGAGAAACUGGCCGAGCUGCAUAGACAAGAGGUGGAGGCACUGAUGGAGAGGGUGGAGGAGCUAACGAAGGAUAAAGUCCGUCUGGUGGAAGAGUACGAGGCGAAGCUGGGGAAAGCUCAGGAGUAUUAUGAGAGAGAGCUGGAGGCCAUGAGGAGAACGCACCAGCUCACCACUGAGAACCUGCUGGCCUGGAAAAGGACUGAGGUUGAACUUCGUAAAGAGUUCCAGGCUCAGGAAGCGGCUCUCCAGCGCUCGCUGUCCAAGCUGAGGAGUGAGCUUCAGAAAGCUCAGGAGGAGGCCCGGGAGAACCGAGACAAGACCAACAGACUGCAGACGUCACUGGCCAACGCAGAGGGAACCAUCAAGAAUCUGCACAAGCAGCUGGAAGAAGCCAUCCAGGACGGAGAGAUCUGGGUGAUGCAGCUGAAAGACACUGAGUAUGAACUGGAGGGCAGCAGAGAAAGAGUUCAACAGCAGGCAACUGAAAUCCUCCAUAAAGCCAGUCAGAUUGGCUCCCUCCAAGCCACCCAGAUGUCCCACGAGGCGACCAUCAGGAACCUGGACCUGGAGCAGAACCGGCUGAAGGAGAAGAUCAGCAGGCUUGAAGAGGAGAGGGAGGGGCUUCUCAACCAGAGCCAGACCUCCAACGAGCAGCACAGACAACAAGUGCUCAAACUAGAACAGUCUCUGCGUGAGGAGCACCAGGGGUAUGAGAAGGAGCUGUCCAGGUUGAGGGCACACUAUGAGGAAGAGACGCAUCGCUUCAAGGAGGCGCAGGUCAGAGCGCUGGAAGAAAUGGAGGACAAGCAUCGGUCCAUGAGAGAGGAGGCUCAACAGGAGAAAGAGGAGGAGAAGAAAAUCCUUAUGAAGAAAAUGAGUCAGGAGUUUGAGAUCAAGCGUCUGUCGUUAGAGGAGCAGAGAGAUCGACUUCAGCAGCAACUAGACAACUUGAAAGAGGAGCUCUCGGCCAAAGUCAACAUGGCCAAUCAAGAGGUGUCCCACCUCCAGGAGCUGGUGAGGGAGGGGGAGCAGAAUAUGGGUUCGGCUCAGACACAGAUCAACUGUCUGAAGGACACUCAGGAGAAGCUCAAGAUUGAACUAGACGCAACUAGAGCCCGGGUUCGAGAGACAAGCAACCUGCUGACGGACCUACAGGAGGAGAUCGAGACCCAGAAACAGCAGCAUGAGGCCAGAGUGAUGUCCAUCAGAACAGAAGAGAAACAGAAGAUGGACAAGAUGGCGGACGACUUGGACCAGAAAUGGAGAGACGCACUGCGUGAAGAAGUGCGCUUGUUAAAGGAGGAGCUGACAGAGGAGUAUGAAGCAGACAAACAGGCAGCGCUGACUCAGCUCUCCCAGCAGAAAGAACUGGAGUUGAUGGCUGCGAGGGAAGGCUGGCAGAGGAAGGUGGAGGACCUGCUGGAACAGAUCUCAUUAUUGAAACAGUCUCUGGAGCUGCAGUUGUCUCAGUCGCAGUCAGCUCUCCAGCAGCUGCAGUCUCAGUUCAACCAGGAGAGGGAGCUGCUGAGCCAACAGCUGAAAGAGAUGCAGAGAGAACAUCAGAGGAGAGAGCAUCGAUUACAGGAGGCACACUGCUGCGCCCUGAGCACCAUGGAGGAGGCCAGACAACACCAGAUCAGGGCCCUGGAGGAGCGUCUUAAACAGGAGCAGAGGGAGGAGGUUCACGCCUUGAAAGAGGCCCACAGGAGGACCUUCGAUAUCUUGAGACAGCAGUCAGACCAGGAGCUGCAGACGCUGAGAUUUGAACUGGAGGACGAGGGGAAAGCGAAGCUGGCCUCCCUCCGUGCAGAGCUGAACCACCUCCAUGCUACAGCUAUAGAACAUCUAAAGCAGAUCCACGUUAAAGACAACACUACCGUCAAACGGGAGCUAGAGAAAGCGAUGGAGCACAGCCACCAGCAGGAACAAGAGCUACUGGUCCGUAUCUCCGACCUGGAGGCAGAAGUGUGUUCCCGUAGCAACCGCAUCACCGAUCUGGACCAUGAGAUCCACUCUCUGAACGAGACCAUUGACACUCUGACCAGAGAGCUGGAGUUGAAGGGCAAAGAGGUGCUGCGGGUGCGCAGUGAAGCUAACCAUCAGAUAAGGGCCCAUGAACAAGACUUGGCAAAGAGACGUGAAAGAGACAUGGGGGAGCUAAGUAUGGCCCAUCAUAGAGAAACGCAAAUCAUGCUGGCUGACUUCAACAAAGCCCAGGAGGUGCUCAAAGACAAGAUUUCUGCUUUACAAAUACUGUUGGAGGGGACAGAAGAGAAGUUAAGGAACAGAGAAAGCCGACCAGAAGACCUGCAGAUCAUAGCAGAGCUUAGAGAGAUGGUCACCGAAAGAGAGGCCCUGGUCAAGAAGCUGGUGGAUGACAAGAAGUUCUACCAGUUAGAGUUGGUCAACAGAGAGACGGGCUUCAGCAAGGUCUUCAAUUCCAGUGCCAAUGUAGGUGUCAUCAACCCCCUUAUUAAGUUAAAAACAGGCAGCCAAUCAGGUCACCGCUUCUCCAGCUUUCCUAGCCAGUCAGCUCUCCGAUUCGUCAGCCCUCCCACCACGAGUCAUGAAGGAGAGGAAGAGGAGGGACGGGAGGUGGAGGAGGUAGGACCAGGAGGCCGCUUUGUGCCUCCUCACUCCCCCCUCCAGAGGUCCCUCCCCCGGCUUAAGAAAUCCCUACCACUGUUCAGCCCUCUUCCUUCUCCUCUUCCUCUUCCUCACCAUCCUCCUCCUCCUCCUCUUCCUUCUUCUCCUCAUCCUCCACAUCAUGCCUUGCCGAGCCUUGCUCUUCCUCAUGCUCGUCAUCCCCAGGAACCUCAGGUGCAGCAUCAGGGCCUACAAAGCUUUAGGAGCCUUCCUGAGGCAAACACCAGAACACCGUCAGACCCGAGGGGGACGGAGACACGACAAAGCAGAGAAUAUGUAGAAAAAGAAGAGGAGCUGUAUGCUCAGUACUUCUCUUUCUGA